UUUCAUCAGUUAGUAAGGAAGUCUUUAAUUAUGGUCUGUAACCUGCUUAAUUCACCUGGGCAAACCAGGUUCAAGGUGGAAAAUAUCGAUGGAGUUAGAGGAAAUAUGGCUUCAUACAAUUCAAGAAAAGGUUUCCAUAGGAUGCAUAAGUCAUUUUCAAACCCUAAUUGGAAAUACAGUACCCCAUGUACCUCUUGGAAAAUAUUUUGUGGCCCUGAAAAUUUGGAGGAGCGAUUUUCAGUGGUAGUAUCGGAGAAAAUAGCAGACGCUGGUCUGUCUGAUCCUGAGCAACCUUUGAGAAGCGAAGAGUUGAAGUUAUUGCUUGCCAAUGCUGAAAGAUCGAAGCUUCUCAAGAAAUUGAGUGAAGCCAACCGAUAUAAUCGGUUGCUUAAGCGAGAGUUGCAAGCUAAGGAGGAUGCGCUGGUUAAUUUCAAAAGUGAACUUUCAGUCACCGAACUUGAGAUUCAGGUUUUGGCUAGAUUGGCUGAAGAAGUUGCUAAAUCUGCUAUCCCAACUGGUUCAAGAAAAAUUAAAGGGAGAUAUAUCCAGUCACACCUAUUUUCACGUUUGGAAGCCAUACGCGAAAAAUUGAAGGAGCAAAUAAAGGGCGUGGAAGCUGUACAAGCCAAAGAAGUUCCUUUAUCCUGGGUUGGGGUAGCAGAGAGUGUGCAAGUAAUGGGCUCCUUUGAUGGUUGGAGUCAAGGAGAGCACUUAUCUCCAGAGUACACCGGCUCUUAUAUGAACUUUUCAGCUACAUUGUUCCUAAGACCUGGAAGGUACGAAAUUAAGUUCUUGGUAGAUGACGAGUGGAAACUAUCCCCAGAAUUACCAACUACGGGAGAGGGGUUAACUAAGAACAAUUUAUUGGUCGUGGAAUAGCUCAUUUAGCUAGGACAGGAUGUAUAUCUGCUGAAAGUCUCUACUCUAGGUGGAAAAACAACUUAUUAAUCGUCGAACAGUUCCUGCUGGAAGGUUAGUGUGGUAGGAGUGAAAUGCCGUCUCUUUGAGA